CAAGAAAGCAAUAAACCUUUCUUCAAAUUCUUCUUCUUCUUUUUAGUUUCUAAGAUGUUAUCAAAGUUAUAAACUCUUGGUUCUUUUCUCUUAUCAUUGUUGUUUGGUUUUUGGAGUUGGAUUUUCAAUUCCAUUCUAGAUCUGAAACUUUGUCAUUGGGAUCUCUUCUUCUAUAGAUUGGAUUCUUUAUCCUCGAUUCGUUGACCCUUUUGAGGACCCACGAACAUGACAACUUCUUGGAACUGGUCGCAAGGUGGGGUGUUUGUUUGAGCUCAACUAUCUGCAUAUUCCUAAUAAUAAAAUGGAUACACCAUCAUUUCCAAAUGAUCGAAUCAUCCACUUAUCUUUCCAUUUGUGGCACUCACGACUCGGACAUACCUCAGCCGGUACAUAUGAUGAGCUUUACAAUUCCUCACCACAUGUUCCAACUGGUUUUACAGAAGAUGAUCUACUUGUUAGUAAUGCAUUAGAUAAUUUUGAGCCUUCCUCUACUUCCUCAUCCAUAUCACCUAUUGAUGUUGCAUCUGAUACUGUUAAGUCUCCAAAUGAGCUUGUUGUCCCAUCUUCGAGUCAUCCUACUCGGGUUGCCUGCUAUUACUGCUAUACAGAAAUGGAAAUUAUUUCAGAUGGAUGUGAAAAAUGCUUUUCUUAAUAGUGACCUAGAAGAAGAAAUUUAUAUGAAACCACCUCUUAGGCUCAACCAUCCUCCAAACAAGGUUGGAGACUUUAAUGAUCGUCAAUCCACCAUUAGAUAUGGUCUCUUUCCUAGUGAUUCCUUAAUCUCUUGGCAUAGCAAGAAACAGACAGUUCCAUCACGUUCUAGCAAAGAGGCUAAAUAUCAAACACUUGGAGACACCACAUCAGAGUUACUUCACUUACAUUGGCUACUGGAAGAUAUGGGUGUUCCUCAACCGCCUACUACUAAUCUACAUUAUGACAAUCAGAGUGCCAUACAGAUUGCUCAUAAUGAUGUUUUCCAUGAACACACUAAACACAUUGAGGUUGAUUUUCACUUUGUUCGCUAUCAUGUUGCACAAGGAACUAUUCAUUUGGUUUUCAUUAGCUCCGUUGAUCAACUAGCAGACCUCUUCACCAAGGCUCAUUUUCCUGAACACUUUCAUACUCUUCUUUCCAAAUUCAACAUCCUCACCAGAUCCAUCUUCCUCCUCACCUCCAUCCUCAUCCUAAUCAUUUGCAGCCUCAUCUUCCUCUUAACAACCUCGAUUCCUUCGAACCCGCCUCCAACAGAUCUGCUUUUGCCACCACCGCCCUGCAGUGCCGUUUCCCCUGCUUCCUCCAAAUCUGCUUCUGGGUUUGAUGCUUCCACUAGAUUUGCUUCAGGGUUUGAUGCUUCCCUCUCCAAUGGAUGGGUAUUGUCCAAGUCUGAGGUAGCCGGAAACUUACCAAAAUCUUGUCAGUCAGUUUGCUUUGCUCAAUUUGCUUUGCUACGUAGAAAAAUGCUCAUUUCAGACCCUGAGCUGGCCAAACAAAUACCAUCAAACAAAUUAGGUUUCUACGUAAAACCUCGAACCAGGCCUGCAAUAAUAACAAUGACGGGGAAAGGAUUGGUAUAUGUUGAAGGAUUUGAAUGGGUUAAGCAUAGAAGAAUCCUCAACCCUGCCUUCUCCGUUGAAAAGCUAAAGGUUAUGGUAAAGAGAAUGGCAGCUUGUGCCAUCUCUAUGCUUGAAGAGUGGAAAGAAUUACCUACAAUGAGUGAGGAUGGAUCCAAAAGAUAGAAAUGAACGUAGAAUUUCAAA